AUGGAUCAGCAGGGGGUCGAUCAAGCCGUCAAGCGAUUCGUCGACAACGAUCCACAUUCCCCACGCCCGUUUGCUGCCACGGGGAGUACCGAUAAGGGGUUUCGGAAAAUGUUUGCAAGAAGGUACUUGGAGACUAGUGGAAGCAUCAUUGGCGCCGAUCAGGGAUACCGGGCGCUGCCCAACAAUUUCAUCGGAAAAGUCGUGGAGACUAUAUGCAUGUACGCCUGGAAAGUAAAGCGGAAGCAGCCAAAUGAUCGGAUGUAUACUCCGAAUACGAAACGGCAGCAAUCAUCGACUAAACCCAAGAACGACAUUCUAACCGUGAUGCUCACUAAUCCCGAUGCUUUGCCAAGACCCUCUCCCCUUACUCUCAUCCUUAUUCGCGUCUCGUUCCUACACUUUCACGUCGGCCCGCGGAAGGACGCCCUUCUUCUCGUCAUCAUUGCUGGAGGCAUAGCUCGAGGCCGUGGUCGUGCUAGAAGAUCUGCGUUUCGUGGUGGCGUCUUUGAUCUCAUCUUCGGUUGGCAUUGCUUCAUCUCCAACGUGGGCAUGGAUAAGAGGGUUACUUGA